AUGGCCAUGCUGGCGCCGGCCAUCCAAGCUGUGGCCGCAUGGCCAUGCCAUGCGGAUGCAGCGGCGCAGCCCAGCCAGCCACGUCGACGUCGAGCCCAGCAGGUGCAGAAGUUCCAGGCGAGGGGAGGAUAUUUGGCAAGUGCGGGAGCCCUGGUGGCUUCUUGCAGAGCCAGGAAGGCACAUUUUCUUCGCUUACGAGCCACAAGCAGCACCAUCCUGAUCGACGAAGCCACAUCCGGAGACCUGCUCCCUGCCGCGGACGUGGCGGUGCGGGCACUGCGCUGGACGGAAGGAUGGCUUGACACACCUAACUUCUCGGAUGAAGACUAUGCACUGCUGUCUGGCCGGGAAGCUCCUACCUACCAGUCAUUGUACCUGGCAGACAAUGGCUAUCCCAGCACUUUGCUGGUUGCAAGGCUGCAAGAGAAAGAAGAGAAGAAAGAGAGCUCUUGGUUCGACUUUGGCUCAGGCUCUUCUUCCAAAGUGGUGGGUUGCGUUGGCUGUGAAGUGAAAUGCUUCAAUCGCCUCACCAACGAAAUGCUACCGGUCACGCAAUAUGAUGGGGGCAAGCAGACUGUCCUUCGGCCGGUGAUGGCUGAUUUGGCAGUUUCCUCAGAGUGCAGAGGCAGAGGCGUCGGGCGCAAGUUGGUGGAGAAACUGGAAGAUGUGGUCCGCGACUGGGGCUAUGAUGAGUUGGUCUUGCUGGUGGAGGCGACCAACUUCCAGGCGAGAGGCGUCUACGAACGCUUGAACUAUCGCCUCGCAGGCUUGCGUCUGGCUGAGGCCACGUUUUUCCUGGACAAGAGCGAGGGUGGACGACGUGUGGCUGAACGGAAAACGGUGGCCCUGCUGCUUCGAAAGAGCCUGAAACCCUUCCCCCAGGGUGACCUGGAAAAUCUGAACUGGGGGGCAGUGCUGAUUCUGCUCGGCCUUUUCCUGGCUUUGACACAAACACCAGAGGUGGUGACCUUGCUGCAAAGCAACGUCAUACGUUUUUUCGCCUGA